AUGGAGGGAGCACUCUCCCCCGGCUCCUCUCUGAUAAGCAGGAGGGGAGCAACCGAGGUAGCGGCGACGACGAAAUCGAUUGUAGCGAGGAGGGGCAGGGGCGGAGGAGCGACCAAGAAGGAAUUGAGGAAAGCCAACAAGUCACGACUCACGAAUCAGGAUGCUGGAUGCGCCAUCUUCUCCCUUUCUGUGGGCGUCUCGGCGAUAAUAAAAGAAUAUAACUCGGCUGCUGAUGCUCAAGCUAACUUCGCAGUAGAACUUCCUGUUGGUGAAGUUCAAGAGCAGUCGAACAUUUCACGCUAG